AUUCACUACUGCAUCCUGCUCUUUGAAAACGCAAUUUCUCAGACAUGUUCCGCGGGACUAGCAUGACAAUGCGCUCCUCUCAGAUCUAAACCAAAAUACUAUUCCUGAGAAAACUUCUCUUUCAGUCUCAGCCCUGGGAAGGAGGUCUUCAUGCUGCCGUGGAUAUCACUGCUGGUCCUGGCUCCUAUCAGUGGACAAUUUGAAGCUCCCCCCAAAUCCGUGAUUUCUCUCCAUCCUCCCUGGACUGUGGUCUUCAAGGGAGAGAAAGUGACUCUGACUUGCAAUGGAUUUCACUUAAGCACAUCACGAAGAACAACAUGGCACAGAGAGCACCGCAGGAGGAAAGAAUUACAUGAAACCCUAGGAAACACGCUCGAGGUUCAAGAACCUGGAGAAUACAGAUGCCAAGUCCAGGGCUCCCUCCUAAGCAGCCGCGUGGCCUUGCUCUUUACUCAAGCCCUCCUGAUUCUGGGGGCUCCGUUUGCUGUGUUUGAAGACGACCCUGUGCUUCUGCAAUGCCGAGCGAAGAGGGAGGCAGCACUGGAAACUUUACGUCUGCACAAGAACGGCAAACCAAUGCGUAUCUCUGGAAAGAUCCCGGACGUGUACAUUCCACACGCAAGUCUGAAGGACAAUGGCGCCUAUCACUGUACUGGAGUUAAAAAAGAUGAUAGCCCUGUUUCUUCAAACACAGUCAAAAUCCAAGUGCAAGAGCUGUUUCCACAGCCUGUGCUGAAAGCCAGCUCCUCCUGGCCCACCGAAGGAGGUCCUCUGACCCUGACCUGUCAGACCCAGCUUGCUCCGCAGCGGUCAGAUGUCCAGCUCUGGUUCCGCUUCUUCAGAGAUGGCCAGACCCUGGAGUCAAGGUGGAGCAACUCCCCAGAAUUCCAGAUCACUGCCGUGUGGAGCAGAGACUCGGGGUCUUAUUGGUGCCAGGCAAAGAGAGUGACUUUUAGAGCGGGGAAAAUGAGCCAGGAACUCCAGAUAAAUGUGAAGAUCCCUGUGUCUCAGCCCGUCCUCACCCUCAGCCCUCCUGGGGCCCAGGCUGCUGAGGGAGAAGUGGCGACCCUUCACUGUGAAGUCCAGAGAGGUUCGUUCCCGAUCACUUAUCAGCUGUACCAUGAAGGAGCACCUCUCAAGAAGGAAGAAGGCUCUUCACAGAGAGCAAUGCCCUUCAGGCUCCCUCUGACCACAGAGCGUUCUGGGAGCUACCACUGCUCAGCGGACAAUGGCUUUGGCCCCCGGUGCAGCGAGGGGGUGCACAUCCCCCUUAAGGUUCCAGUGUCCCGCCCCGUCCUCACCCUCGGGGCUCCCGGGGCCCAGGCUGUGGUGGGGGACGUGCUGGAGGUUCGCUGUGAGGCCCACAGAGGCUCUCCCCCAAUCCUGUACCGGUUUUAUCACGAGGAUGUUGCCCUGGGGAGCAGCUCAGCCCCAUCUGGAGGAGGAGUGUCCAUCAACCUCUCUCUGACUGCAGACCGUUCUGGAAACUACUCCUGUGAGGCUGACAAUGUCCUGGGAACCCAGCACAGUAACACAGUGUCACUCAGUGUCACAGUUCCAGUGUCCCGCCCCGUCCUCACCCUCAGGGCUCCCGGGGCCCAGGCUGCAGUGGGGGACGUGCUGGAGCUCCGCUGUGAGGCCCAGAGAGGCUCUCCCCCGAUCCUGUACCGCUUUUAUCACGAGGAUGUUGCCCUGGAGAGCAGCUCAGCCCCAUUGGGACGAGGAGUGUCCAUUAACCUCUCUCUGACGGCAGAACAUUCUGGAAACUACUCCUGUGAGGCUGACAAUGUCCUGGGGGCCCAGCGCAGUGAGGUUGUGACAUUCUGUGUCAUAGUCCCAGUGUCCCGCCCUGUCCUCACCCUCGGGGCUCCCGGGGCCCAGGCUGCCGUGGGGGACGUGCUGGAGCUCCGCUGUGAGACCCAGAGGGGCUCUCCCCCGAUCCUGUACCGCUUUUACCAUGAGGGCGUCGCUCUGGAGAGCAGCUCCACGCCAUCUGGAGGAGGAGCUUCCUUCAACCUCUCUCUGACUGCAGACCAUUCUGGAAACUUCUCCUGUGAGGCCCACAAUGGCCUGGGGUCCCAGCGCAGUGAGGCGGUGCCACUCAAAGUCACAGGGCUGACAGCGAACAGAAGUGGCCUGACUGCCACCGGCGUCGCCGGGGGCCUGGUCAGCCUGGCGGGUCUUGCUGCUCUGGCGCUGGUGUCCUAUUGCAGGCUCUCGGGGAAAGCAGGAGGAAGGCCGACCUCUAAGCCAUCCAGGAGCUCUUCAGACUCAGACUCCCAAGAGCCCACCUACCACAAUGUUCCAGGCUGGGUAGAAAUGCAACCAGUGUACAGCAACGUAAAUCCUCGACAAGGAGAGGUGAUAUACUCAGAAGUCCGGGGAAUUCAGAAGAAAAAUUCACAUGCAGCGGCCUCCUCUGCACCGGGGCUCCAGAGCAAGGAUUCCUCUGUCAUCUACACUCAGGUGAAGAGAGCUUCAGCCCCAGCCUGCAGGCCCCAGCUCUUGGCUUCCUCGGCUCCGCACAGAUGAGUCCACACAGCUCUCGGACUGCUUUCUCAGCCUCUGCACCCCAAAGCCAUCCUUGGAGGAGAAGGGAUACUGAAGUGGGAAGAUUUAAACUGCCCCAGGCCACGUCCAGGGGCCUCCAUGUUAAGUGUCUGCGCCCUCCGUGUGAUGGGGACACAGGGCCCUGCAGGACCGCCUCCUCUUCCCAAGGUCCAGCCCUGCCCUCGCCUUCUUGUCUAAGGCCACGGCUCCCCUCCCGGGGCCCACCAUGUCCCCUGGCUGCCUGAACCCAGGACAACUUCUCUCCUGUGCACGUGCCAAUAUCUCCCUGCCCGAGUAAGGGUUUUUCACAGCCCAAGACCCUUUCCAUCCUGCGGGAAGUAACCCAGCACACUCAGGGCCUGCAGGACCGAAGGAUGCAGAUAGAAUGCGUGUCGGAAUAUAGGGGGCGCUCCGUUACUGUUUGCAUGAGGAAGUGAAGGGAUGGAUGAGGAAGACUAUGGGUAAUUACGAAGCCUUCCUCCCCUUGAACUGGCUCACAAUUCAGUGUGCUCCCUGGGAAAUCCAGGAACGACUCCUCUGCCUUCCCCGAGUCAGAAUAAACCAAGAGGAGUUUGGAUAAAGCAAGCUCUGUUCACCAAGCUGGCUGGGGUGGGGUGGGGGGAGCCAGAAGGGGGCUUCUCAAACUUAACUUUGCUUAAGGAUCACUGGGGAUCUUGUUAAGAUCCACUGGGUGGAGGCGCAAUCCUGCCUUUCUAACACACUCGCAGCUGAUGUGGCUGGUCCCGGGACCACAGCCGGUACCGAGGCCCUGCAGGCCAGGCACCACGGCCUCAGCGCAUUCCCGCAGCUCCCACCGCACCCUGCGCUGCCCUCCCACUAGAGCCCCACCAGCGGCUGUUGCUGAGAGAGCUUCUCAGCCACAUGCUGGGUGUCAUCAGCCACCCUGGGUGGGGAAAGUAGCUGCCGCCACCUUUAUUUCCCCUCCUCACUCCCCAAUGAAAAAAGGGAAUGGAUACACUGCGAAUAAACACACCUCUCAGACUUCCCCAUCCCAAGUCCAUCUCUCCCACCUCUGAGUCAUGGGUUGUUUUGUUCCACUUUUCUGAUGUCCAUCACACCCUAUCUUGCUCUCCACCUUCCGGUGCUUCCCUGAGUCUUAAAAGCACUUGCCUCUACUGGUUUCACAGAUACAGCCACAACUUCAGUGCUGGCACAUGAGGCUUCAAAACUUGAGAACUAAAAAUAGAGAAUUCAGGAGUGCAAAGUGCGCAGCAAGAGACAGAGGCUUCUGCUCCAGCCAGGGCCGACGGCGCUGUGCUUUGGUGCUGCCCACCCGGCAGAGGCUGCGUGCGUUCUUUACUGGAUGUGUCUUUAAAGCCAUCAGUCUGUUUGGAGCUGAGCUGGCUGCUGAACUUGAAAGAAGAGCUCUGAGCCGUAGGCUGUCGUGUUUUGUGGUAGGUCUGGAGUUUGGACAAGGCUUUGACCAAGGGCUGUAGGGCUGCAGAUGCACACGCUGACCAUUAGGCAGUGGUGAGCAGGUGCGCUGGACUCUGAGGGCUGGAGCGGCCCAAGACACAGCUGUGCUAGUCCUGCCACUGUGGAUUCAGGCAGCUGCUUCUGUCAGCCAAGCGUCCCAGUUCCUCCUGGCACCUGGGGGCAUGCACCUCCCACCCCCACUCUGGGGCUCCCUGUUGGGCUGAAGUGCAGCCAUGCAGGGAAGUUGACUUUGACAAUGGGACAUUGGAGGCAGUGGAUUGAUUCUGUUCCUAUUCCUCCUCUCCAUCCCCAACUCAUAUGCCUCAAUCAGAGGUGCAAAAACCUUUAUGGCCUCCCUUAGGACACCCAGAGGGAACAAGCAAUCAACUUGCUGCAAGCUGUAGCCAGGUUGGGGAUACACACCUUUAAAUGUGCUCUCUUCUUCCCCAGCCUCUCUCCCAUCCUCUCUCCCCUGCUCCCAGGAUUCAGUCACCCAUAAUGUGUUAACACAUGAGCUUCAGCUCCAGGCUAUUUUCUAGGAAACCCGGGCUAGGACAGCAGGUCCCAUAGGCCUUAGCAAGUGGGAGGGCGUGGCGAGGACCUAAACAAAGCCAGCAUCCUUGGAAAGGGACCCACUUUUUUCUCAACAAGUGUGGUUUUCCUAGCCAUAAAAAAGAAUCUUUUUAUUCAGGCCUUUGACUCAUUGGAAGCCAGGGCAGUAUUUCCUGCUUUCAAUGCAAGGUAGACUUCCACAAGCAUCGCAUAGCUUCCCAAGCUGCUUGGGAAGGCGGGACUGAGCCCGUUGACCCAGCCUCAGUGGAGACUUUCAGAAAGGAAACCAGACCAGAGACACGAGUCAAAAACCACAGCCCUGGGCUGCCUGGGCAUGAGGGAGAGAGGUUUUUCUUCACUACAGACCUGCAGCUGCCAUGCAGAUGGGACAAGAGAAAAGCAUUCCCUAGACGUGGGGUUUUAGGCCUAACUCAAAUCAAAAGAUGAACAACAGCCCGAGUAGCUGGGGACUAAAGAGGAAAGUCUGCUCACAGCCAGUUACGGAACCACAUUACCAAACUACCCAGUGCAGCGCUGAGCAGGCAUAAGCCCCUGGCUCAGAAAUGGAAAUUUUUAAAUUCCUCUGUGGGAAAGAAAGGCCCCUCCAAGGUGGGUUCCCACCUCUGCCCCAGGACGGUACAUGCACAGGGGUGAAACAAACCUCUUGUUGGAAGAUUUCUCCCACUUGAGUUAAAAUUAGAGACUCCAGACAGAUAGGAAGGUUGAUGACAUUCUGGUGAAACUAACAUUCCAAGGAUGUUUUCCUUUGGAAAGAUGUCCGUUCAAGUCCUGUGCCCUUAUCUCAAUGGGACCGAUGGUUUGUUCUGACGUUAAGUUGUGUAACAGUUCUUUGUAUGUUUUGGAUAUCAGAUGUUUGUCUGAUUUCACUUACAUGUGGAAUCUAAAAGACAAAAUAAAUGAGCAGAGCAAACAAGCCGGACUCAAAGACACAGGAAACCAACUGGUGGCUGCCAGAGCCAGGAGCCCCUGGGGGUUAGGAGGAAUAGGUGAAGGGGAGAGAGAAGAAUAAUCUUCCAAUUAUAAAAUAAAUAAGUCAUA